GUUUACUCUUCCGCGCGAGUACAGGAGCCUCAAAAAUUUACGAUUUUCUUUAUUAUAGGUACUCUUUGACCCUUCUAUGUUUUGCCACUCAAGAUGCCUUGCUGUAGUAUUCCUAAUCUUCAGUCGCUCGGAAUAUUAAGAGAAAGCCAGCAUGGUUGAGCUUAAGCAUGUCCUGUCUCUGGCCACGGCAAAAACAUAUUGUACUACUGAUCUAGAACAUGGAGAGCGUCCGUAUCUCAACGAGGAUGGGCAUGUCGACUUUAAACCUGAUGAUGUCGAAAAUCCACAUUGUUGGUCGACCGCCAGGCGUUGGUAUGUGACAGUAUGCGCUGUUUUGCUUGUCGUAAACGCGACCUUUGCCUCGUCGGCACCGUCUGGAUGUUUUGGAAGCAUCGCUGAAGGAUUCGACAUUUCCGGAGAAGCAGCAGGGCUUACCGUGACUCUUUUUCUUCUUGGAUAUUGCGCUGGACCCCUUAUUUUCGCUCCACUAUCCGAGUUUUAUGGGCGAAGGUGGAUUUUUUAUAGCACAUUUUUGCUUUAUAUCAUAUUCAACUUCCUCUGUGCUUUUGCGCCAAAUUUCGGGAGCCUGCUUGUAGGUAGGUUCCUUACAGGCACGUUUGUGAGCGCCCCGCUAAGUAACAGCCCUGGAGUUCUUGCGGACUUAUGGGGUCCGGUAGAACGAGGUAACGCCAUGGCUGUUUUCUCAUGCAUGGUUUGGGUUGGUCCAGCUUUAGGGCCAGUUGUCGGCGGCUUUCUUCAGCUCAAGAAAGACUGGCGAUGGAGUUUCUUCGUUCUGCUUUGGCUCGGAGGUAUCACGGCAAUCCCGAUGUUCACCAUUCCCGAAACUUUCGGUCCCGUGAUACUCGUAUAUCGCGCCCGUCGUAUUAGGCGGGCUAGAAUCCCUGGCUAUGAAAACGUCAAGGCUCCGGUAGAAGACAGCGACCACACGCUCCUAGGAAUAUACAAAGUGGCUCUUACGAGACCGUGGAUUAUCCUUUUCGAUACAAUUUCUUUCCUAUGCGCGGUCUAUAUGUCCGUCGUUUACACACUGCUAUAUAUGCUCUUUUCUAUCUAUCCUAUUGUAUUUCAAGAAAGACGUGGAUGGAACGCCGGAGUUGGCGAGCUCCCUCUGAUCGGGUCCGUGAUUGGCUCCUUCAUCGGCGCCAUCAUUGUCCUAUUCGAUUCAAAGCAGAAGCAAAGGAAGAUAGAAAAGGGAAUCCCGUUGAAGCCCGAAGAUCGCCUUACUCUUGCUAUAAUGGGAGGAGUCGGGUUUCCUAUUACCAUGUUCUGGUUCGCAUGGACUGCUGAAUAUAGUUGGAUCCAUUGGAUAGUCCCUACCAUCGCUGGCGUAUUUCUCGCUACUUCGCUGAUGCUCAUCUUCGUGGGGUAUCUCACUUAUCUAGUAGAUUCAUACUUAAUGUAUGCCGCGUCUGCGAUCGCGGUGAACACGGUCUGCCGCUCGGCUUGCGGCGCUGCGGCACCACUGUUCACCAAUUACAUGUUCGAUGCUCUUGGUAUUGGCGGGGGCGGUUCGCUGAUUGGGGGCGUUGCGACGGUGCUUGCCGUGAUCCCGUUCGCUUUUUACAAGUAUGGAGAAGGUAUUCGAAAACGUUCCAGGUUCGAGCCGACUGGGCCAAGAAAACCAGAUGACGAAGAACCACAGCAGCCCACAAAGGAAGAUAAGAUCUUGAUGCGUCGUAACGAUCCACAAUCAAUACUAUCCGAAACCACCAGUACAAUAAUAACAGAUGAUGGAAUUGACGGGUUACGUUAUGAUAAGCUACGUGAAAAUCGUCGCAAUAGCGUCUCGCAUGCGAAAGUCUAGGUCAAUUUUAGUGCUCGACCACCACUACAGCCCAGGGAGCUUAGGUACCUAGAUAGGUACCUAGCCACUACAGAAAUAUGCUACGCUGUGUACCCUAAGCUUUCUAAGAUCGGAGCAGGUGGGGGGAAGUUGGGAAGUGGAUGGCAAACAAUCGAAUAAUUUUUAGAGAGUAAUUUUUAGAAAACAACAACAGUUGGUAAAUACUAAUAGGUACCAAUUUAAUUCAAGAUAAAUACAAUUUGG